AUGUCCCUUUUCACAUCUUUCGCUUGCGGACAUCCUUUCACCAGGUGCUACAGCACGUUCCUGAAAGCGCAGGAAGAAUCGCCAACAUUGGUCCUUGCUCAUGCACGGAUCGGCGAUGAAGGUGCACGCGAAAUUGCGGAGUUUGCCAGCAAGAGUGUGCACUUGCGUCUGUUGGACCUCACUGGUUGUGGCAUUACGUCGACUGGAAUGCUCCAGAUCGCGGAAGCACUGCAGUGUAGCCUGACUUUGGAAAGCCUGAUUCUCCGGCACAACGAAAUCACUUCAGGGCCUGCUGGUGAGGAGGCUUUGGCGUCCUUUUGCCAAGCUGCGCAAAACAGCCCCUCCUUGAGGCACCUGGAUCUCCGCUACACCGGGCUCUGUGGCGAGGCCGCCACUCUCCACAUCGCCUCGAUUCUCGAGGGCAACGGGGCCUUGUCACAUCUGGAGCUUUCUUGGAACCCUCUGGGAGCUUCUGCUGGUCAGGUCCUCCUGAAAAGCAUUCGCUCCACUUCGGGGCUUUUCGAUUGCCAACUCAGCGGCUGCAGGCUAGCUGAUGAGACCAUGAAGGAGAUAGCCGAGCUGUUGGUUCGGAACAGAAGGGCGCACGGAGAGAAGACAUCUGUGGGUCCGUACAAGGGGUCAUGGAUUCGGAACGAUGCUGCACUGGAGGGGUUCUCUGAUGGCAAGGAGCGUGCCAUGCCACCAGGUUCACGAAGCCAGGGACAGGCAGCUGCCGCAAACUACCCGUUGCGAUUUGCGGUUGCCAACAUCCCUGGCAACACCGUUGUUUCCGAUGCCAAGACGGAGGAGUUGGUUGAAAGGCUUUUCGACUGGCGGGAGAAGUUCCUUCUCGAGUCAUCAGGGAAUGACAAGGCCGCGCGUGUGCACGAGUUCCUUCAUCCAGUUUCAAGCAUGGUUGCAGCGGUGGCCGUGCCACCGCUAGACUUGGGUGGCAUGAAUGUCACACCUGCGCUUGCGCCGAUUGAAACGCUCGGUGGCGAGGUGACUUACAAGCUCGGAGGCAUGUUUUGGCCGGCGCGCUGCUUCGCGCGGCUCCACGGGGACCUGCUGCUCAUCCAGCGGAAGGGCAAGCAACAGGCAGCAGUGGUGCUGCAUGGUGCGACUGUGGAGUUCAGAUCACCGACCACGGUGCGAAUCGAGGCUCCAGGUAGUCCUUUGCUUGCCAUCCAGCUCGACACUGCUGAAGAAGCCGAGCGCUGGGCAUUGGCUCUGAAGCAGGCUUCGAAGCGUUCGAAGGGUCUCAAGGAUCUCCUCAGCUCGGACGUUGUUCCAUUAAUGCUGAGUCCACGGAGUGAGCAAGAGGAGCAAGAAGCAGAGGAGCGCCUUCAAAGUCUUCGGGUGCGCAUAUCCGAGAUUGAAGCCGAGAAAGACAGCACAGUCAAGGAAGUCAAGCAAGAGUUGGAAGCGCAACUGGUUGAGGCGGAGGCUGCAGUUAAGGAAGCCCUCAAGGAAGCGGACAAUGCAGUUUGCGGCCGUCGCGAGGCAGAGCAGCGGUCCCACCUUGCGGAACAGGCUACAACAACCGCGGAGGCCGAGCACCAGCGACACUGCAAAGAGCUCGAAGCAGCCCAGGAUCAACUGCAGGAGGAGCUGAGGGAGAUGAGGCAGAAGCUCGAUCUGGAGAUUGCAUCUCGCAAAGAGGUGGAAUCAAAGCUAGAGCUACGGGACGAGGAGCUUGCCACAGCGAAGUCCGACUUGGAAUCCUUGACUGACGCCCAUGAGGCGCAGAUCAAGCUUGGCCAGGAACAUGCCAAUAAACUGGACGAGCAACGGCGGAGCCUCGAAGCUCUAGAGGCGGAGAAGCAGAGCUUGCUUCAGCAGUCCGAAAGCGCCGUGCAACUCAACUCGGAGCUUCAGGCCAAGCUCUCCGAGGAAGAGACUUCGCGGAAGGUCUCCGAGGACGAGAAAGCGGCCAGCAUUGAACGAUGCCAAAGUCUUGAGCAGAAAGUCGCUUCGUUGGAGGCAGAACUGGAGCAGUCUACCUCAUCUGCAGAGGCUUGUGCAAAAGAGCGCGCGAAGCUCGAAGCUUCGUGUAAGGAGGCUGAGGCGAGUGUGACUCAACAUCAGCAAGAAAUUUCCUUACUCCAGCGUCGGAUUGCUGCGGCCGACACGCGAUUUGCAGCAGAAGUUGCUUGCCGAAAGGCAGCCGAAGAAAGAAGUGCUGGUGCCGAGCGACGUCUAGCAGAAACAGAGGAGCUUCUGGAGAAGGCGCUGGCCGAGCGGAUAGCCGCUCAGCGACGAUUCAUUGAGCUUGAAGGCGGCCGAAAGCCGCUCCGCUCUGAGCUGCAAAGGCGUUCCUCCAGGUACUUGAACCAUGGACAGAAGGAGGCGAAACAAAAUCUUCAGUUUACGUGCCAUGAUGUCAUGGCGGAAUCUUGCAGCCCUCGCAGGGGGCAGGCGGAGCCCACCCGAGUGCAAGUUCUCCACGUGUGGUUGGCCUGUCUCGUCACCUGGCCGGUUGCAGGUGACAAGGCAGUUGCGGCAGCGGCAUCGAUUGACUCCAGGGCGGAGGCAUGGGGGCGCAUGAUCGCCGUCGGAGCGGCGGACGGCUUUGCCCCCCCAGAGCAGCAGGUGAAGAACGCUGAGUGUCUGAUGACAGGUCCGGGUGGGGCCGCUGUUCUGUACAAUGCAUCGGGUCACUUCGUCACAAUGCUACAAGAUGCCUUCCAGCCACAGGUUGCUGGCCGUGCAGAGUCUCUUGGCUCCCGACAGGUGGCCAGUCUGGCGGGCAGCUUGCAGGCGUUGAUCGAGCUGGAGGGGCACAUUGCAUCAGCAUGCUUCUCGCACGAACUUCUCUUGGACCUGCGGAAAGCGAGCGAUGCAUUGUUGCUGUUGCAAGCACAAAAUGGCCGUUUGAUGCUGCAACGCACGGACGUUCACGAUGACUUGGUCACCGCCUCUAGGGAUUUUACCCACGAGGAAUAUGCUUCAUUUGGUCGAGAUCUUGGGGGCCUUUGGCGACGGGCCUUGGGUGAUGCUGUGUCAUCGACAAAGCAGAAGAAGGAAGAGGCUGUCCCGGCGAUGCCUGGACCAAAGCGUCCAACAUCUUCCGACCUGCUUGAGGUGACUUCAGCGCUGCUGCGCAGCUUCUUUGGCCACAGAUCGGAUGGCCGUGCCAUUUUUCUCUGGGAGCACCCCGUCCUCUUCGAUCAUUGCGUUGGCAAGAUGAGCCCGACGCUACCGGCACUAGAGGAGCUCUGGGACUCGAUUGGUGAGGUCUUGCUGCAGGUGGCUCCCAGCCAGAAGCUUUGGAGCUUUUCAACGCCUGAUGAGCAAGUAACUACCCGAGAAGUCCAACAACUGGCUCAGUUGGGACGAAUUCUGCAAGAAUUGCCGAUGAUCCUCCAAGACUGCGGGCUGCAAGGUAACGCCCAGAAAAUGUUCCUGCAGUCGGUCACCGUUCUCCGAUCACCGCCAGACAAGAUCCUGAAUGCCGCGGCUUCUUCCCUCUUCGUACUGGAGCAGCAUUGGACAUCAAGCGCAUGGCAG